GAGUGGACUAAUUAUUUUCGGCUAGAAUAUCUCCAUUUCUGUUUACAUGAGAAUGUGAGAUAUAUUCAGUGCGGGAGAAUGAAGAUAGUCGGAAUAAUAUGUAAUGCAUGUGGAUGUAUCAGUGGAUUGCUUCCUGUUUCUGGAAUAUUGUCUCAACUGUCAAUUUGGAUUGCAAUUUGGAUCUUAAAGCUAUUGCAUUGCAAGCUCGCAAUGCAGAAUAUAAUCCAAAGCGUUUUGCUGCUGUUAUUAUGAGGAUAAGGGAGCCAAAGACUACAGCUUUGAUUUUUGCAUCUGGAAAAAUGGUUUGCACUAGAGCAAAGAGUGAAGAACAGUCAAGGCUUGCAGCAAGGAAGUAUGCACGUAUCAUCCAGAAGCUUGGCUUCCCUGCCAAAUUUAAGGAUUUUAAGAUUCAGAACAUAGUUGGAUCAUGCGAUGUGAAAUUUCCCAUUAAAUUAAACUUGAGGGUUUGGCUUAUUCUCAUGGUGCAUUUUCAAGUUAUGAACCAGAACUCUUUCCUGGAUUAAUAUAUCGUAUGAAGCAACCAAAGAUCGUGCUUCUUAUCUUUGUGUCUGGAAAGAUCGUCCUCACUGGAGCGAAGGUGCGCGAGGAGACAUACAUGGCAUUUGAGAAUAUUUAUCCAGUCCUUAGAGAGUUUCGUAAGAACCAGCAGUGACAUGCCAAUUGGAACCAAUAUCAUGGCAUUGAGCUGGAAUGGGGACGUUUUUUCCUCUACUUGGCAUGGCACAUGAAUUGUGAAUAUCUGAUAGUGUCCUGUGGAGCUCUCUUCUUGCCCUUCAACGCACUUUGGAGCAAACCUUAAUAAAAUUUGUUUGUUAUAUAUACCAUUAUUUUUCACAUCUGGGAUCCUAUAAUGUACUACCAAGUUACUCUAUGAUUAUGAUAUGAUGGACUGGCAAUGAUUCUGGUGUUACAUAUGAGAAGCCUGUGCCUGUCUCAAUGCAAUCCAUUUUUGUCUUUCAGUUGCACAACAAACUUGUCUCAUUUCUUGUUUAUUGUUAUACACCAAACAUUUCACUAUGAUCGUCAAAGUUGUGCUAAAAGGAAUGCUGAACAUUUAUAAUUUUACUGUAUUCCAUGGUUCGGUUGAUAUAGGAAAGUGGUGUGUAUAUUGAUAUUGUGAGAAAAAUAACUGAUAUUGAGCUUUUGCAAGUUUAGA